UCCAUCAACUCUGCACCGGAUGUGAUUAGCUUGGGUCAAUCCGCUAUUAUUUGUUACCGCGACCAUUGAUUUUCUAAAGGUUUGAUAACUUUAAUUCAGAUUCUGGUAUAUAGUUGCACCGUAGUGAGAGGAGGUUGAAUACAUUUGUCAAACCGGUGGUAUCAGCAAAAUGUCAAGAAGACGACACAGCGACGAGAAUGAUGGCGGCCAGGCUCAUAAGAGGAGGAGAACGUCGGAGCCUAUUGAAAUAGAGGAUCGUCUGGAAUCACUGAUAUGUCGAGUAGGAGAAAAGAGUACCUCGUCCCUGGAAAGCAACUUGGAGGGACUGGCUGGAGUCUUGGAAGCAGAUCUCCCAAAUUACAAAAACAAAAUCCUGCGCAUUUUAUGUGCAGUCGCCCGUCUCCUACCGGAAAAGCUGACGGUUUAUACAACUCUGGUGGGCCUCCUCAACGCCAGGAACUACAACUUUGGUGGAGAGUUUGUGGAGGCCAUGAUCAGGCAACUCAAGGAAACGCUAAAAGCCAACCUGUACAAUGAAGCUGUUUACCUGGUGCGCUUCCUGUGUGACCUGGUGAACUGUCAUGUGAUAGCCGCCCCUUCCAUGGUGGCCAUGUUUGAGAACUUUGUCAGUGUCACGCAAGAGGAGGAUGUUCCACAGGUGCGUUCGGACUGGUUCGUGUACGUGGUGCUCUCCUGUCUGCCCUGGGUGGGGAAGGAGCUUUACGAGAAGAAGGAUGUGGAGAUGGACAGGCUCCUCAACCAGAUCGACGGCUACCUGAAGAGCCGACUCAAAACACACGUUCCGAUGCUGCAGGUGUGGACUGCAGAGAAGCCCCACCCACAGGAAGAGUAUCUAGACUGCUUGUGGGCCCAGAUCCAAAAGCUUAAGAAGGAUCGCUGGCAGGAGCGUCACAUCCUGCGUCCGUACAUCGCCUUUGACAGUGUGCUGUGUGAGGCCCUGCAGCACAACCUGCCUCCCUUCACCCCGCCGGGCCACAUGCCCGACGCCCACUACCCUAUGCCCCGCGUCGUCUUCCGCAUGUUCGACUACACAGACGCCCCUGAGGGGCCUGUGAUGCCUGGCAGCCAUUCUGUGGAGAGGUUUGUUAUUGAGGAAAACCUGCAUUGCAUCAUCAAGUCUCACUGGAAAGAGAGGAAGACCUGUGCUGCCCAGUUACUAAGCUACCCUGGGAAGAACAAGAUCCCACUCAACUACCACAUCGUAGAGGUGAUCUUCGGAGAGCUGUUCCAGCUGCCGACCCCGCCCCACAUCGACGUGAUGUACACCACCCUGCUCAUAGAGCUGUGCAAGCUGCAGCCUGGCUCCCUGCCCCAGGUGCUCGCCCAAGCUACAGAGAUGAUGUACAUGCGACUGGACACCAUGAACACCACCUGCAUAGACAGACUCCUAAACUGGUUCUCUCACCAUCUAAGCAACUUCCAGUUCCGAUGGAGCUGGGAUGACUGGGCUGACUGCCUGCCCCUGGAAACAGAGAAACCCAAGCCCAAGUUUGUCAAAGAGGUGCUGGAGAAAUGUAUGAGACUCUCCUACCACCAGAGGAUCGUGGACCUCGUUCCUGCCAAUUUCUCUGCCCUCAUCCCGGCUGAACCAGUUUUCUUUUACAAAUACGGAGACGAAGCCAAUAGUGCGUUGCCCGGAUACCCCAUGGCCAUAACGGUGAGCAACUGCAUCAAGAACAGAGCGUCCAAUGAAGAGAUUCUGACCGCCCUGAAAGAUGUUCCCAACCCCAACCAGGAGCAUGACGAUGACGAAGGAGAGAGCUUCAACCCCCUGAAGAUCGAGGUGUUUCUCCAAACCCUGCUCCACCUGGCUGCCAAGUCUUUCAGCCACUCCUUCAGUGCCCUGGCUAAGUUCCACGAGAUUCUGAAAACCCUGACGGACUGUGACGAGGGGAAGCUCCACAUUCUCCGGGUGGUGUACGAAGUCUGGAGGAACCAUCCACAGAUGAUCUCUGUGCUGGUGGAUAAGCUGAUCAGGACCCAGAUAGUGGACUGUGCUGCUGUGGCCAACUGGCUGUUCUCUCAGGACAUGGCUCCCGAGUUCACCAGGUUCUACGUGUGGGAGAUUCUGCACUCCACCAUCCGUAAGAUGAACAAGCACGUCCAGAAGAUCCAGAAGGAGCUGGAAGAGGCCAAGGACAAGCUGGAGAAACAGCAACACAAGAAGAAGGACAGCGGGGACGAGGAGGACAUGGAGAAGAACAGCGAGGAGGAGGACGGCCAGCUAGAGGAACAGAUCGAGCGUCUGCAGGAGAAGGUGGAGUCGGCCCAGAGCGAGCAGAAGAACCUCUUCCUGGUCAUCUUCCAGCGCUUCAUCAUGAUGCUGACGGAGCACCUGGUUCGCUGUGAGACGGGCAGCGUGGACAUCAGCUCUCCCUGGUACAAGAACUGCAUCGAGAGGCUGCAGCAGAUCUUCCUCAUGCAUCACGGGAUAAUCCAGCAGUACAUGGGAACCCUGGAGAACCUGCUGUUCACGGCUGAGCUAGAUCCUCACAUCCUGGCUGUCUACCAGCAGUUCUGCACCCUGCAGCUCUGAGCACACACACGCAUGCAAACACACGCCAGGACACGCAUGUAUUCAACCUCACAACAUGCUGUGUGCAGCGAACAAGGAGCACACACACCUACACAGAUACAUACCAUAAUAACCAGCUCUUGCAUCAAGAUUUUCCCAUUACUUUUUUUUUUUUUUUUUUUUUUUUACUUUUAAUGAGUGUCUGUGUGUUUUUGAACAUUCAAAGUAUUAGCUGUGUAAGACUAUGAGUGAUCUUUGUACCUGUUUUUUUUUAUGUUCAGUUAUAUUCUCAUUGGAAUCUGCCUCGUGGGUCCUCUGCCAGUUAAGUGUUUGGUCGAUGUUGACAACACGUUGCUUGUAGUCCGAUGAAAGUGAAUCUUUUAAAACAUGACUGAGGUUGAAAACACAGAAAUGCAGGAGAAAAAGCAGAUUAUUUAGCUCCAACUGAUUCUGAAUGCAGAGCCCUCUACUUUUUUACAUGUAUUUUAUGUCUAAUUGAAUUUGGAAAACGAUUAAACUCAGUUAAGUCUUA